GGCAAUGGGCUUGAUUUUGAGAAAUACUCAUGGGGACAGAAUCUACAAAGAGGUCACAAUUAACGUUCCAGUUCCAGCAGGCACUAAGUCAUGGUCUGUUACCUGUGAAAUCAAGAAGAACCGUAUCAAAAUUGGUCUCAAAGGGCAAGAACUAAUCAUUGAUGGAGAGUUCUUUCAUCCUGUCAAGCCUGAUGACUGCUUCUGGAACAUCGAGGAUCAAAAGAUGAUAGCGGUGCUCUUGACAAAGCAAGACCAGAUGGAGUGGUGGAAGUAUUGUGUGAAAGGUGAACCUGAGAUUGACACUCAGAAAGUUGAACCAGAGAGCAGCAAAUUGGGUGAUCUUGACCCUGAAACUCGUGCAACCGUUGAGAAGAUGAUGUUUGAUCAAAGGCAAAAGCAGAUGGGACUCCCAACGAGUGAUGAGAUGGAGAAGCAAGAUAUGCUCAAGAAGUUCAUGGCUCAGAAUCCUGGGAUGGACUUCUCUAAUGCAAAGUUUAACUGAUCGCGUCUUUCAACUCUUCUUUUCUUAAGCCAGCUUUGUAUUCUAGCCUAUAUCUCGUUAUGGCUUCAAGAUAUAUGAAAUCUCCCCCUUUUGCUUAUUUCAAGACAGUUGUUGUUGAUUCGUUAAAUAUACAUUCUUGAGACUUGAUCUGGUUUUUGCUUAAUGUCAUGAUGUUUUCAUUUUAAGUUAACAACUUAAAUCUAGAAUUCUUCUCUCUGGAGAAAAUUGAACGCAUGGUUUUGCUCUCCUUUUUCACUCAUAUAGGCAUAUCUAAUAAAUUGUUACAUUAAACAAAAUCAUAAUUUAUAAUUGGUUAAAUGUACAUGUCUAAGUGAAAUCGACCACUAUGCGCAUUACUUCCAUAGUUUCUAUGAGAGCAAAAAGUUGAUUCACGACGGUAGAAUCUCCGGUGAGGUGUAUCUGGUG